AUGGUUGGAAACGCCUAUACCUAUCGUCAACUCCCUCUACAAUUGUGCAUGGACUUCACGAGUACCCAGGGCUCAACUUGCCAUGUUUCGCAGUGGCUGUCAGUAGAUCUCCGGAAGCCAUCGUUGACGAGACAAUUUAUGCUCCUCGCAGUUGUACACUACCUAUCACCGUCUGGAAGUUACGAAAAUGACCUAGCUCAGGAACCCCGUAACUUAUAUGCCACCUUCAGAACCUCUCUCUUCCACCCAACUCUACGGUGCCUCCUGCAACAGACUUCACGACUCUGCGUGCAUGCAUGCAUUAGGAGCGCGUGUCUCCUGAUAGACCCAUGCUGCAAUACGCUAACAUUUCAUAGUCUUAGCAGUCGGGGCACAGAGUUGAAGUGUGGUAUACUAGCGAUUCUAGCACUGUUCGUUCGCCCUCUGGAGGCGUGGGUAUUUCCCAUACCCCACCUCACUUUCACAGCCUCGUCCAAGCGUCUAACCCUUUCCCCACCCUCCCCCUUGAUAUCAUUCCUGGCCCCUGCUAUCAUGAUUUCCCUCACACUCUUCUUCAUGUUGAUUUCCUGGGAUAAGCCAGCGCACCAAUUAUCUCCGCUAUACUCUUCUCCGGCUGGAGUGAGGCAACUCAGAAUUCCAGCCUCUUUUAUGCCCUUGCCAUGGUGGCAGUCGCGCUGCGUCUUUAUGGCACAUCUUCUUAUGCUAGGUCUGGUUACCAUUACAUGGACUUGUUCUAGUUACCAUUUCGUUAACGCUACGUCCAAACACCAAAGCCAUAUCUUUGUCAUAUUUGCCGCAGGUCAACCAGUGUGGGGAGUAGCGAAUACGGCCGUGAAAUUCUCCACCCUUCACUUGCCCAUUGCCGUAUUUCCAAGCCAAACGUUUCGGAAAGCAUGCUACGGAACAAUGGUGGUGUCUGUCAGUCACUUCGCCUCUGCAUUCCUCAAAACGUUUCUUAAGUGCAAGCCAGAAGCACUCAAUAAUUGCAUAGGUUCUUUCUGGAACAACAAGUUUGGUCAUCAAUGUCUUCGUUGUUAUUUGCCAAUGCCAAUGCUGUGGCAAUUACGGCUACCAUUAGGCAAGAAGGUUGAACUAUCGCGACCCAAAGGAGUCCAACUAAUGGUCCUCAGUAUCUGCGUCAUCACGCUUCUUCGCGUUGUGUACCUUGCACAAAUGGACCUGAACAUCUUUACCUACGCCUCGCCUAAUCUUGCGACUUAUCAUGCGUCCUGUGUUCUCCCAACUCCUCUUUUUAAAACCUCUCGAUAUACUAUAUCUCAAUCAAAAUUAUCAAACCAGAGCAACUUCCACAGGCUAGGAGACCCGAUGGAUCAACUGUGUCCCCUUAACACGAUAAAUUUAGUCAAUAAUCCAGACCACGGCCAGGCACUAGGAACAAUAACAGGGAGCGAUAAGACAAAUCGUAAUCAUCUCCAACUCAGCCAGGGCGCUAUCAGAAUGGCCACGACUUGGAACUUUCAUAAAGUUCACCGCUAUCGAUUCGAGCGGGCCGAGCAUCCCUCCAAGACCUUUCUCAAUGAAAGCGAGCUGGGAUCUUAUCUUCAGAGUAUUCUCUCCAAUCUGAUUGGGCUCGUUGUAGUUUCAUUGCCUGCGCUUGUACAAUGGCCUCAUCAGAGUGAGAUUUUUUGUCAAGGGCAUGAUAUUGUAUUCCUAUCUUUCCUUGCAGGAUGGGGCAAGUCUCUUCUCAAAUAUGCUGAAAUCUAG